CGUGGGCUGCAGGGAGUUGGCUGUCGGCGUUGGUCUGCCGGUCGAGUCAUCCUCCAUAUUGUCAGGGACCUCCCCAACUUCCUAUUCGGCCGCGCGUUGUUCCCCUUCCACAGCUGUCCCGAUCUGUCCACGCUACAGAUAUCAUCCCUGCCGCACUCCCCCAACGGCGCCCUCGACGAUCCGCCCGACGGCCUCGAAGCGAAAGUCACCACCGCCCCAACCUCCCGUUCGCCCUCCCCCGAUACUUUCAGUCUACGCAGCGGUCCCCGAAAACUCGCAGCGACUAGAAAGCGGGUCUCCAAAAAGGCGCGCGGCGUCCUGGGUAAGGUUCGGGCCUUCCAGAGGAUCGCUGCGGCCAAGAUGGCGCAUCCCACCAUCAAGAUCGAUACCAGUGUGCAAGCAACCAAGCGGGCGCUGCCCGAGGAUAACGACGAUGGGUUUGAGAUCAUCGAGGGUCCUGAGAAUGACGACCCUGGGUUGGAAGCGCGCGACAAUGAAUCCGUUCCUCCGUUUCUGUGCCAGUCGGUCCUAGAAAUCCACCAAAAAUUCGAAGAACUCGAAUGGAUGCAGCGGUCCCGGAUUCAUGAGGGGAUGCUGGCCAACGACCCCUCACACCGUUGGGCGCUAGAGGGGGAUCCCGAGGUCAAGGCAAGAAACCGAUAUAUAAACGUGCAAGCAUGGGCCAAUUCCCGCGUCCAUCUGCGGGUGCCGGAGGGCGAAUGCGAUUUUAUUAAUGCGUCGCCCAUCGUUCUGAAGGAUUCCGUCUCGCGGCAGGAAAGACGCUUCAUUGCGACCCAGGGACCGAAGCUCGGCCAUCUCGCCCAUUUUUGGCAGAUGGUGUUCCAUGAGAGUCAGGAUGUGGGUGUCAUUGUCAUGCUCACGCAGACCUUCGAGGCCGGCCGAGAGAAGUGCUCCCAAUACUUUCCCCUGGAUAGCGAAAACCCCUCGAUGACGCUGCGACGUGUGGAGCGGGACCCGUUUGUGAACGAUAACCAGCCCCAGCAAGACGACGAGGACCUUCUGGGUCAGGUCACGCUCCUUGAGACCCAAUGGGAUUCUACGUCCCGCUCGGAAAUUCGCAAACUCCAACUCACCAUCGGGACCGAGUCAAAGGUGGUCUGGCAUUUCCUCUUCGCCGGCUGGGCGGAUUACUCCAAGCCCGAAGGCGAGGAUCGCGAUGCGCUGCUUCAACUGAUCAAAUUGUCCGGCUCGAAAUGCACCCCGGCCAACCCCCGCAUUGUGCACUGCAGUGCUGGUGUCGGCCGGACAGGCACCUUCAUCGCGCUCGACCACCUACUACAAGAGCUCGAGGCGGGUCAGCUACUCGAGGCGACUGACCCCGACAUCGAUCCGGUCUUCGAGACUGUCAACCAGAUGCGCGAGCAGCGGAUGAUGAUGGUAUAUAAUGAAAUGCAGCUGCAGUUCAUCUACGAAGUCCUACGCGAGCAGAUCGAUGUCAAACUCGGCAAGGCCGCCGUGCCGAGCGGCCGCAAGUCAGACGAGCGGUCGACAAAGAUGGCCAAAUUGUCGACCGACGACACCUACCGACCAACCUCCAAACCCGAGCUCGAACCCGCCGAAGAUCGCCGGUCCACGCCAACACGGAGUUGGUCAGGCACCCCCGAGGUUUCGGAUAGCGAUUAAGCGUUCAGCCCACGGGGCCCAGACCACCCACUACCUUAUUCUUCCCACGUACAUAUAACCUUCUAAUCACCUAUUGAUGUUUCCUCUUUUUACCU